CGCCCGCCGCCCCUCUGAGCCGGGCUCGGGGGCAGCCGGGCACCUCAGAGCCGACCCCCGCCCCGCCGCGCCCUCCGCCGCACUUGUCCCACUGCGCGCCCCCUGGAGCGCCGCGCACCCCUGGGACCUUUGCGCGCCCCGGGUGCCCAGCAUAACCCGAGGUCCCCCGCUCGCCCCGGAUCUCGGGACUGCCCCAGGAGCCCCGGGUACCCCUGGACCCUGACGCGGCUCCAGGACCGCCACGCGCUCCAGGACCCCUGCGCGCUCGCAGAAUUCCAGGGCUUGGCCAACCCGGCUGCGCGCCCUGGUGAGGGGCCCCGCCCCGCCCCAGAGGAUCCCCCUCUUCCAACAGACGGAGCCCCGCCCCAGAGGGACCCCCAGGUCCGACAGGGACAUCCAGCCACGCCCCAGCGGGCUCCCAGCAUCUCGCGUCUGGAGCCCUGUGCUCCAGAAGAUCCUCGGUGCCCAGCUGGGGGCUCCCCGCCCUUCUGAGGGGCGCUGCCCAGGAGGGUCCCCCGCAUCCAGCGGGCCCGGGCAGGAUGCACGCCGCCCUGGCGGGGCCGCUGCUUGCCGCCCUCCUCGCCACCGCCCGCGCCCGCCCGCAACCCCCUGACGGAGGACAGUGCCGGCCGCCUGGAUCGCAGAAGGACCUGAACUCCUUCCUGUGGACCAUUCGGCGCCAUCCCCCAGCCUACUUGUUUGGCACCAUCCAUGUUCCAUACACCCGAGUCUGGGACUUCAUCCCUGAUAAUUCCAAAGCAGCCUUCCAGGCCAGCACCCGUGUCUACUUUGAGCUGGAUCUGACAGAUCCCUACACCAUCUCAGCACUGGCCAGCUGCCAGCUGCUGCCCCACGGGGAGAACCUGCAGGAUGUGCUGCCAAGAGAGCUCUACUGGCGCCUGAAGCGUCACCUGGACUACGUGAAGCUGAUGCUGCCCUCUUGGAUGACACCAGCACAGCGCGGCAAAGGGCUGUAUGCUGACUACCUGUUCAAUGCCAUUGCUGGCAACUGGGAGCGCAAGAGGCCAGUGUGGGUGAUGCUCAUGGUAAACUCACUCACAGAGACAGAUGUGCGCUCCAGGGGUGUGCCUGUACUGGACCUCUACCUGGCACAGCAGGCUGAGAAGAUGAAGAAGAGCACUGGGGCUGUGGAGCGGGUUGAGGAGCAGUGCCAUCCUCUCAAUGGGCUCAACUUCUCCCAGGUGCUGUUUGCCCUGAACCAGACUCUGCUGCAGCAUGAAAGUGUGCGGGCUGGGAGCCUGCAGGCACCCUACACCACAGAGGACCUCAUCAAACAUUACAACUGUGGGGACCUCAAUGCAGUCAUCUUCAACCAUGACACAUCCCAGCUACCCAAUUUCAUCAACACCACCCUCCCACCUCAUGAGCAGGUGACAGCCCAGGAGAUUGACAGCUACUUCCGCCAGGAGCUCAUCUACAAGAGGAAUGAGCGCAUGGGGAAGAGAGUCAUGGCGCUGCUGCAGGAGAACCAGGACAAGAUCUGCUUCUUUGCCUUUGGAGCAGGUCACUUUCUGGGGAACAACACUGUCAUCGAUGUCCUAAGACAGGCUGGACUGGAGGUGGACCACACACCUGCUGGCCAAGCCAUCCACAGCCCUGCUACAGGGAGCCCAGCUCCUUCUCCCGAGAGUACCUCUCCUGCGAGUCCAGCCCCAGCCACCCCAGCUGCUGCAGUCCCAAAAGCAACCUCAGCAACCCCCACCACCCCUCCUGAGGAGGAGGAUCCAGUUCUGUCCCCACACCUCCUGCUCCCUGACAGCCUUAGCCAGCUGGAGGAGUUCGGACGGCAAAAGUGGCGCAAGAGACUAAACAAACACCAACGGCCAAGGCAGUUCAAUGACCUCUGGGUCCGCAUCGAGGACAGCACCACUGCCUCGCCACCACCGCUGCCCCUCCAGCCAACCCCCAGCUCCGGGACCACCAAGCCCUUUGCCAAGUCCUCACACCAGCUCCAGCAGCAGGACCUUGCCGGGCCUACCAGCAACUCAGCACCUACACUGGGCCUCCCCCCUGCCAUCGCUGCCUCCAUUGUUGCCCCCUUCCUACUACACACCCUUGGGCCUUCCUGACCUUGACCAAUGCACAGAAGCCAGAGAAACCACAGCAAUCUGUGACCAUGCCCACCAUCUGCCACCACCUCAGAGGGUGCUGACAUCUUGAGGUAGUUCACACAGGACAGGGACUUUAAAACACUAGAGCUUUAUUGUACCCAAAUUACUUCUUCUUUUUUGUAGAAGGUCUUAAUUUCCCAUAGUGCUAUGGGACUCUUUUGUAAAAUAUGUGUCCAUAUUAAAAGAGAAAGUGUAUUUAUUCUACCGAUAAAA